CUUUUGCUUGGCAAAUCUGCUCUACCUUCAGCUCAAGGGGGACUGUGAAACAUCCCCUUCGCCAUUUCGAUUCAUUGAUCCAUUAGCGUUUCUUCUCACAAGAACUUCAAUGGCGGGUCGACUGUUCUCGAAAUCAAAGUUCCAAUUUUUCGUUUCUUCUCUCCUCCGGAACGUCAGCCCAUGUACGCUGCAAGAAUCUUCCCUGCUUUUGAAACCACGAACUCAAUUCUUGGACCAAUGUUCAGCCAAAGACGUUCAUUGGGUGAGGCGAUUCCAUGACGGGAGGCCGAGGGGACCCCUUUGGAGAGGCAAGAAGCUCAUCGGCAAGGAGGCGCUUUUCGUAAUCUCGGGAUUGAAGCGGUUCAAAGAUGACGAGGAGAAGCUUGAGAAGUUCAUUAAGACCCACGUUUUGAGGCUUUUGAAGUUGGACAUGAUCGCCGUUCUCUCCGAGCUCGAGCGCCAGGAGGAGGUCUCUCUGGCUGUCAAGAUGUUUGGGGUCAUUCAAAAGCAAGACUGGUAUAAGCGUGAUGUGUUUCUUUAUAAGGACUUAAUUGUUGCAUUGGCAAGAUGUAAAAAGAUGGAUGAGGCCAUGCAAUUGUGGGAGACUAUGAGGAAGGAGGAGUUAUUCCCUGAUUCUCAAACAUACACUGAAGUCAUCAGGGGCUUUUUGAGGUAUGGAUCUCCAGCGGAUGCAAUGAACAUAUAUGAGGACAUGAAGCUGUCUCCAGAUCCACCGGAUGAGUUGCCAUUCAGGAUAUUGUUGAAGGGACUCAUACCUCAUCCCCUUUUGAGGAACAGAGUCAAGCAGGAUUUUGAGGAGCUCUUUCCUGAGCGGCAUGUUUAUGAUCCUCCUGAAGAGAUAUUUGGUGCAUGUUAAGGAACGCUUCACUUAUUGUGUAGUUUCUUAAUCUACAGUUUUGGAGCAAGGGCUGUCAGUAUGUCAAUAUUCACUGCUGCAUUUUCGGGCAAGAUUGCAUUCGGUUAUUACAAACGUUUUGGCGGACUCUGGAGAAAAACAGCACAAUUUACAGAGAACAGAACAGUGAAGCCAUUCGUGCCAGAUCUCCCAUGCUUCCUUUUUACGUUUCACAGAAAUUUUGAUGUACUACUAGUGAUGUCAAGUCCGCCUUGUUUGAACUCUCAACUAGUGGAGUACCUAAUGAUUCGUGGUAAGUAACUUUCCUUGGUGGCUGCCUGAGCACUGAGGUUCGUUCUGGGAUGUGCUUGAUAUUGAGAAAAAUCACAUCUGGCAUC